UUGUACGUAUACACACUCACACACAGGAAACUCUCUCAGCUAACCUGAUAUUUGCGCUUCUAAAGGACGUGAGAAGAUGAACUUCCAAAUUGCUUUGGGUUUUUUGAGUCUUUAUAUUCUUGCUUUAACGGCAUCCCGAGAACUUAAAUGUGUAACAAACAAAUAUGUAGGGGGAUCCUAUACGAUUACAUUGAAUUCACCCCAACAAAAUGGAGAUUUGCUGGUCUGGAAAUGUAAUGACAAGAUCAUUUAUAAACGGAGGAGGGGAAAGGUUGAUCCAGCUGCAAAUGUGGAUGACCUAGGCUCCCUUACUCUCACAAAUAUUUCCAAGUCAAUGGCCUGUACAUACAAAGCUGAACACCAUGAUAGGGAUGGGAGAUUACUUAAAGAAUACUCUGAGAGUCUCUGUGUGUUCUCCAGGAUUCCAGACCCAAAGCUGGAGGUGGAAUGUUCCCCAUCAGGUGUGGCGACCCUCCAGUGUGGUCCUAAGAACCUUCCUGAGGGCAUCACACUGGCAUGGUUCCAAAACAAAAAAGAGAUGAAAAUGAAGUCUAAUCCUCUAACACUUCAAAAGCGUGGGAGAAAAGAUCUCUACAAAUGUAGACUUAGUAAUGGUCUCGAUUCAGGCAGAGAAAGUAAAGAAGAAAUGUUAUGUGAAGUCUCUGGAGGUGUUUCAAAUAAUAACCUGCUGUUUGGCUAUAACAAGUGGGUGAUGAUUGGAAUCAUUACUGGUGGAGGAUUUCUGCUGCUGGUCCUGAUCAUCUCUCUGAUCGCCAUCUGCUGCAAGAACCAUCGCAGAAGGAAAAUGAGGCAACGAGACAAUGAGGAGCCAAGACUUUGUUACCGCAAAGACACCAGCACGGAUCCUCGGCAACUGAAACAAGCUGCUUUUUAGGAGCAGAGCAACAUCCGGGCCCCAGAGAUGGACCCUCCCAGCCGCCUGUCAGCCCAGUUCUGAGCCUCAGCUAUCGGGGAAAAAGCCCCAGGGACACCGGGAGCACCGGGAGCACUGGGAGCACUAGUAACACCAGUAACACGUCGGAAGCUGAACCUCUAUCCAAAAUCCAGGACUCUGCCAGCUCAGAUUGCAUAUGAACAGUUCUUGUGUUUGUCUGUGUGUGGAACUGAAAGUAGAAAACUCAACCAUUUCAAAGAUCACUUCAGCAAAAGUGGUCAAGCCAAACAGACAGCUUCUGUGCCCCACGUGACAUACCACCGGACCCUGCAGACCCUACAGUGCACCUACUGGGCAAACCUCCCCUUAAAGAGGAAUAAUGAUGUAUGUGCAAAUAGCCUUUACAAUUCAGUUUCUCUAUGGAUAUUACCUCACCAAGUCCACAUGUCAUCAAGUGAUAUGUUAGGCUACUUGUUAUAUUUGAAGCACAUGAUGAGUUCACUUCCAGCUUUGCAUAAACCAAAUUGAAGUUAAACGUUUCAGACUAUGUUUGCAUGAAUCAGAAGAUUCAGUUCCUUGUCUAUCCUGUGUCUUUGUUGGUGCAUCGUGAUUUGUUAGCCUUUGACUUUAUUUGUUUUCAGCAAGUUCAAAUGAAAUACAACCACAGAUAAAGAAAGUGGGUGCAAGCGUCAUGUCAGAUUCAGACAACCAUGCAUAUGGACUGGUACAAAUGCAGUUCUACACCUUACCACUUUCAAGCCAACUUUUGUUUUCACACCACUUAAUGUCAAUACUUUAUAGAUCUGCUGUAGACUAACAUGCCAAAGAUACUGACGGUUCAUAGUGGGCAAAUCAACUCAGAAAUCAUACUGACAUCUGGCUUGUGGUAUUUAGUGCUACUAAUAAUCCCUCUAUUAUAGAUGUAUGCUGCAUGAUGUAAAAUCCCACAUGAAAUGUAUAAUCUGAGUCCUCAUACUGUAUUUCUGACAACAGAAUUUCUUAUCUUGAGUCGACAUUAAAAUCCCUGGCAAAUG